ACAACUGACAAGCAGGCGGUUCCUUCUACAAACAAAAUAGCAUAUGGGACGAUAGAUAGAUAGGCUACAAGUAAACGAAGCAAGAUAAUUUCUUCCUACUUAACAAAAAGAUAGUAAGAGCCAUACGGUAUCUUAUCCCAUAGGUCACCAUGAUCCUUCCAUUAGAAGUUGCAAUAACGUGAUAGAAAUGGCUUUGAGACACUUUCUUUUAUGGCUAGCUAUAUAUUCUGAACCCGAUCCCCCCUCACAAGACUUUUAAAUCACACAAUUCUUUUUUUUUUUAUUGUGUAUCCAAUUCCAAAUUCACCCAUAAAAUACCUUCCUUUGUCUCACCAGCCAUAUGUGUAUGAUGGAAGGAGAUGAGAAUAUUCAAGCAUCAACAAAGGGAAAAAAUGUGGAAAGCUUCACCAGCUUGGAGGCACCAAGGAAGAAAAGCAAGAAGAUAGAAAACAAGAGGAGGUUUAGUGAUGAACAGAUAAGAUCACUAGAAUGCAUAUUUGAGUCAGAGUCAAAGCUUGAGCCAAGGAAGAAGAUGCAACUGGCAAGAGAUCUUGGCCUUCAGCCUCGCCAAGUUGCCAUAUGGUUCCAAAACAGAAGGGCAAGGUGGAAAUCAAAGCGCAUAGAGCAAGAGUACAGAAAGCUCAAAGAUGAAUAUGACAAUUUAGCAUCAAGGUUUGAGUCCCUAAAGAAAGAGAAGGACUCUUUGCAAUUAGAGUUGCAGAAGCUAAGUGAUUUGGUGGUGACAUCUCAAGAUGGUGGAAGGGAAGACAAGGAUGGCAAAGAAAACAGCAUAGAAGAUGGUGGCUCAGGCAGUGGAUACAGCAGUUGGAAGCCUGAAGCAAAAAAACCAAGGUUUUCAAAUGAUGAGGGUUUGGAGGAGAGAAUAGGUGUGUACUCAGAUGACCAAAAUGAGAAUAGCAUCAUAAGGGGUGUUGAGAAAUCUGAGGACAAAGGACACCAACUUCUCAGAAUGGAUGAUCAUGAUCAUGCAGAUAUGCCAUUGGCAUCACUUGAAAAAUGGUAUAGUGGUGUGGACCCUAGUGGCAUCUUGGACCAGUCAUGUAGCAGUUCUCAAUGGCUAGAUUUCUGGACUUGAAAAAGGAGCCACACUUUGUGCUGCAUCUGCAUGUGUGAUGUUUUUUGUUUCCUCCAAGAGAAGAAGGAACAAAGAUUGGUUGAUUGGUUGGUUGGCUCUUGUGCUGCCAACAAGUUCAAAACUCAAAAUAUUCCAGCCUAGCCAAGAAACUCGAGGGAAGUUUUGUAGGCUUGAUUUGAUAGGGGAGAGAAUUAAGAUAGUCUCACUCAAUUCAAUUGUGUAGAGAUUUGGAAAAACAAAUAAUGUGCAAUGUCUCUGUUUGUUCAUGCUUGCAUGCCUUUUUCCUUUCCCAUCCCUUUGUUUGUGUUCUUUCUUCUUCUUCUUUUCUUUUCCCACUUCAAGGGGUUAGUUAAUCUAGAACCUCUUUAUAUUUCAUAAAGGGGUCUCUUUUUUAUCACUUUAGCUUAUUCCCAUAUUAACAAGUGUGAUCCUUAUAGUACGACCAGGACACACAAAAAUAAAAUGAAUGAAAGGUGUGAAUGAGAUAUUGCUCGACUUCAUGAAGCAGUGAAGAUGUUAAUUAAUUUCAAUUUCUUAGCU